AUGCCUGCGCAGUACGGCGCGACCGACUCCCAACCCCAACCCCCUCCCUCGUCCACACUCACCUUUUCCUCCCCCGCCCGCGACCGCGACGCCGAGCGAGGCCGAACCAUGCGCCAGUCGUACGAGGGGCGCGCCCCGCGUCCGUCGCUUGAGCGCCGCCGCUCCCGUCUCGAGACGCAUCAGCCGGGUGCUUCCGUCCUCAGCUCCGUGUCCAACCUGGCCAACACGAUUAUCGGCUCGGGCGCGCUCGCCUUCCCCGCCGCGUUCGCCAGCAUGGGCAUGGUCAGCGGCAUUGUGUCGUGUCUCUUCUCGGCGAGCACGGCGACCUUUGGUCUCUGGCUCCUGAGCCGGUGUGCGCUGCUCGUCGGCCAGCGGCCCGGAGACGAGGGACGCAUGGCGAGCUUCAACGAGGUCGCGCGCUUGGCUUUUGGAAAGGGAUGGGUCAUGCGCCUGUUUGAUCUAACGACAGUUCGCCAUCGCGAUCAAGUGCUUCGGCGUGUCGGUCUCGUACUUGAUCAUCUGCAAGACGCUACUGCCGCAGGUGUCCGAGACGUUUGCGCAUCUGCUGCACACGGAGCUGUCGCCGGAGAGCUGGCUGCGAUCGCCGCACUUCUGGCUCCUGUGCACCAUCCCCGUCAUCGUCCCCCUGUCCUUCAUGCGGACGCUCGACAGUCUCAAGACAACGUCGCAGAUUGCUCUGUCCUCCGUGUUCUAGUAAGCUUGAGUGUCGUUCUUGAGCUAACCGGCAGCAUGGUCAUCGUCGUGGUCGGAUGGUACUUUGUGAAGGGCCCGUCGCCGGAUCGCGGCGAGAUUGUCCCCUUCCGCUUUGACAGCAGCACGCUCGCCUCUUUUCCCGUCCAGGUGUUUGCGUUCACGUGUGCGCAGAACCUGUUCCCGAUCUACAACGAGCUCAAGGACCGCUCGCAGGCCAAGAUGAACACGAUCAUCACGAGCAGCAUCUUCGGCGCGGCGAGCGUGUACGAGAUCCUCGGCAUUGUCGGCUACCUGACUUUCGGCUCCAAGGUCAGCUCCAACGUCAUCGCAAUGUAUCCCGCCAACUCGCUCGUGGUCGCCAUCGGCCGCCUCGGCAUCGUCUUCCUCGUCGGCCUCAGCUACCCGCUGCAGGCGCUCCCGUGUCGCUCGUGCAUCUACCUCCUGCAAAGCGGCAUCAUCAAGGGCAAGAAGGUGCCGGCGACGAUCGCCUCGGCGCGCCUUGUCGCCGGCGGCGCGGCCGAGGUCGGACACGAGACGGAGGGUCUCAACUCCAGCGGCAACGGCACGGGUGGCGGGCACGGGGAGGGGUGGGAUCAGCUCCCCCGCCGCUCGACAGAAGGCGCACCCCUCCUCACCCAGCGGGGCGUGGACUCCCCCCGCGGCUCGACGGAUGAGGACUUGUUCUCAGACGACGACUCGGAGAUGGGCAACGAGGAGGAGCUCCUCGUGCCGAAAGUCGGCGACGCAGGGCACGGCGGCGCCGCCGCGGCCGAGAUGCCGCGCAAGAAGUUUGUCGGCUUCACCGUCCUGAUUGUCGGACUGGGAUAUCUCAUCGCCUCGUUAGUUGACGAGAUGGGCACGGUGCUCGCCUUCGUGGGCUCCACGGGGAGCACGAUCAUCUCCUUUAUUCUGCCGGGAUUCUUCUACUGGAGGCUGUACAGGGGCGAGCCGGGCGUGACCAAGUAUCUCGCGCUCGCGCUGGGGAUUUAUGGGUUUGCCGUCAUGGGAUUCUGCCUGUCGAUGAACAUCUGGGCGCUGGGGAGGGGUAAGGCGCCGAAGGCUUAA